GGCGGGUGCAAGUAGCACUUCCUGCUAAAAAGUGUUCCCUAACAACCAGUCAACUACGAGAAGAGUGAGCGUGAUGGAGUUACGGCCAGGAGGGGGUUGAAUUUGUUUGGGGGGUGGUCAUCGGGAAAGCGUAUUCCCUCAUGGGUUUAUUUAGUCCCUUUGUUUUUGGAGAAUAAUUGGCUGACUAUAGCACGAAGAUCAAAGAAGAUUCUCAUCAAGUGAUGGAUGAUCCCCAAGAAUUAACAGAGCUGCCUGCAAAGAAGGCUCGUCAUGAGUUACAAGGCACUAGAGAGCAUGAAUUGAGUAGGACAGAUGGAAAGCUUAAUGGCAAUAGCCAGGUGAGUGGAGGAGAGCCCACCUUGCUAAAGCCUGAUUCUGCCAGCUUUUCCAUUGCCAACAUUGCCCUCUCUGGUGCAGUUAAAGCAGAAGACACUGCUUCAGGAAAUGAUUCUGCCGCACCUGCAGUGAGUGACCCAGCAGGUACUUACACACAGGCUGUAACUAGUGCAGGCUUCAGUACAAAAACAACAAAUGAAUAUACCUCACAGCUUUAUCAAGUGAGCAAGCCAUAUACACAUAUUAUUUCUCCAUCCAUACCAGCACCUGUUACAACCUAUGCUGGGCAGCAGCCGUACACAACCAUAUCUCCAACCACCACUUAUAGUGCCUACCACCAGACCAACCAGAAUUAUGGAUUACCUCCAUUUGGUGUCAUGUGGCCAGGAAUUAAGUCUGAAGGUGGAGUAACUCCUGCGCCCUGCGUUGGACAACCUGGUUUUGUGAAUUUUAGUACAGCUUUUACAUCUGUGCAAGCUGGUCAAGCACAUUAUUCUUAUCCUUCUCAAGGUUCUAAUUUUACAACAUCAAGCGUUUACUCUAGUAUACCUGGGAACCCAGUGGUAACAGUUUCUUCAGGAGCACAGCAGCAAGAGUACCCCACCUACACUUCCAUAGGUCAGAACCAGUAUACCCAAUAUUAUGCAGGCUCUGGUUAUGGUUCUGUGGGUGUUCUAAACAGUAAUGUUAGCAGUGCUACUGUUGACACUACACCUUUUGAGUGUGAUAAGACCAAAGUUCUGCACCAAGCUGAUUCUUCAGUAGGAUCACCCCUCUCAACAAAUGUAAGAGAUGCGGAAGAUCUUGGUCGCAGGAAUAGUACAGGAAAAACCAAAGGAAAGGCGAAGAAAGGAGACAAUUCAAAAUCAGCAGAUAAUGACUUGGAGAGAGUAUUUUUGUGGGAUUUGGAUGAAACUAUAAUUGUAUUCCACUCAUUACUUACUGGAAACUAUGCUGAAAAAUUUGGCAAGGAUCAAGCUGCAACCUUGACCCUAGGACUUCAGAUGGAGGAGCUUAUAUUUGAGCUAGCUGACAAUCAUUUAUUUUUCAAUGAUUUGGAGGAAUGUGACCAAGUUCACAUAGAAGAUGUUGCAUCUGAUGACAAUGGUCAAGAUUUAAGUAACUACAAUUUCUCUGCGGAUGGCUUCAGUGGUUCUGGAAGUGGAUCUUGCAACAGUUCGACAGGCGGUGUCCAGGGAGGUGUGGAGUGGAUGAGGAAAUUGGCAUUCCGCUAUCGCCGCCUUAAAGAAAUAUACAAUGCCUAUAAAUCUAAUGCUGGUGAACUUCUCAGUCCAGGGAAACGUGACUUGCUCAUUCGUCUUCAAGCUGAAGUUGAGUCUAUUACUGAUUCUUGGUUAGGAAUUGCAUUGAAAUCAUUGCAUCUUAUUCAAUCAAGAGGAAAAUGUAUAAAUGUGUUGGUUACCACCACUCAAUUGGUACCUGCAUUGGCUAAAGUGCUUCUUUAUGGAUUAGGUGAAGUUUUCCCAAUUGAAAAUAUAUACAGUGCAACAAAAAUUGGAAAAGAAAGUUGCUUUGAACGAAUUAUGUCACGUUUUGGGAAAAAAGUUACAUAUGUGGUUAUUGGUGAUGGACGUGAUGAAGAGUUUGCAGCCAAACAGCACAACAUGCCAUUUUGGAGAAUAAGCAAUCAUGGAGAUCUUAUAUCACUGCACCAAGCUCUGGAACUUGAUUUCUUAUAACAUUGGAGACAAUAGGACUAUUUCAUAAACUUAAUACAGGAUUAAGCCAAUAAACAAAAUACCCAGAUGAAGACAAUCAAAGCAGUGCCACAUGAACUGGGCAAUUUACGUUCAGAAUCAUGAGCUGAAUGUGAACUGAAGCUUGAGAGACAAGGAUGGAUUUUGUGCUAUUUCAUCCACAAACCGCAUUUCUUUUUCACAGAUGUAUUGAGUAACAUUUUUGAAAACCAUGGCUGAUGUUUUUUUUUUGUUUUUUUUUUAAUGUUCUAAACCAAAUCAAGGCAUCACUGAAUCCUGUUAUCAUAAAAAACUAAAUAAACAAGGAAAGGCAUCUUACUUUGACUUUAUCCAAGUGAAUGCCAUAGAAAACUGGUCCACUCCACUAUGAACACUAGUGCUGUGGUGUAUUGAGGAGGAUCAUGAGUACUUCAUUUUUCAUCUCACAAAUAUUAAUACAAAUGACUGAGUGUUAAUUACACUAUGCUAUUUGGAUAAUAUAUGGACUUUUUUGCUGUGAAACGUAGCCAAGGCAAAAUUGAUUUUUAUUUUUUUUGUUCUUUCAGUAAUUGGGUUCCAAUGAAUCGGCACCCAAAACAUUUUUGCUGAUGGUCAUAAAACUUGGGCAACAUCUUGGACUUUAAAUAUGCAUAUAAAUAGGCCUAUAUAUAUUUAUAUAUACAGUAUUUACAUAUAUAAAACUCACUCACUUCCUGAAAGAUUGUUCAACUACUGGAAUGACACGGGGGGGGGGGGGGGAGAUUUGGGGGACAUGGCAUGUGUUUACUAGUAACAUUGUAGGUCAUUUUUUUCCCUUGUAUUUCAAACUACUUUAAUGGAGUGGGGUAUGAGUGGAGCUCAUAAACCAUAUAGUAUGAGUAUGUGGCUCUAAAUGGUAUAAUAGCUGUGGCCAUGUAUUUCUUUGGGGCUUCUCCUGGGUAGUAAAGGCUUUGUCUUUUUAUUAAGUUAAUCUUUUUUUUUUUUUUUUUUUUUAUAAGGUGUAAGUAAAUGAUGUCAAUAAAAAAAAUAUUGUUUUGCUUUUUAA